AUGGUGCCCAGGACUGAGAAAAGAAUCGUGGCUUCUGCUGCUGAUCUUUUCCUCAUGGAAAAACUUGAUGAGCUUGAGGAAAUCAACCUCCCUGCAAUUAUGCUGGAACAUAUGCAUAGAGUAAUGAUAUGGAAGAAUGCUAAGCAAGGGAUUCCCUAUGGGUAUUUGCUAAACUUUAUCUUCAACCAAUUUGAAGUUCCAGUGGGAAAAGGGGUACCUGAUACUACCAAACAAAUGUUCACUAUGUCUACUCUACUAGAAUGGACCUGGUCCUUUGUAGAGUAUGAAUUCUCGUCCAGUGGUCAAAGUGCUAUACAACUGGAAAGCUGUCUGCGUCAGAAAGUUGGUGAAGCUGCAAAUUUCAACUGUGCUGAGGACCUGGUCCCAUUGACACUGGUGGACACAUACAUUCCAACAUUGGCCUUUCCUUUUACCAAAGCUAGGGAAACAACUUUGUGGAAGGAACAAACUUGGAAUAUUGAACUCUUAGCUGAUUCUAUUGAUCAAAACGUUUUCAUUUGGGAAAUCGUGACGAUUCUGAGCUAUGAUGGAAGUGAUCUUGGAUGGGCUGUUUUCAGCCACAGAUUGGCUGAAAUGACUAGAGGUAAAUGUGAUAUGAUAGUGCAAGUUAUGAAGGGAUUUGAUCAUUGGAGAGAUGAAGUGAGUGACAUUACUACAUUUGUUCCUGCAUUGGACCGUCAACUUCGUGAUCUUCAUAGUCCUCAUCAUUGUACUCGACUAAUUCUACCGAGUACCACUGGACAUGUUCCUGAGAGAGUGGUUUGUGCUGAAUGUAGUCGUCCAAUGGAGAAGUUUAUCAUGUACCGCUGCUGCACUGAUUGA